GAUACUGGUCAUGGCGGCGGCUGUCCUUCCUCGCGGAGACGCUGGAGGACAUGUCGAAGGGAUGCUGGCAGAAGGAGAACAAUCAGAAGUGUCACCAAAAGGAUCCAAAGAGGAGGAGGAGCAAAGGAAUCUGGGGGUUCAAGAUGGAGGCAGCAGGCAAGAGGGGAGACGAAAGCACAAGCCGGAGGGUGACUCCGGUACGUCUCAGGGUGGUGGUAAUCAAAUUCACAGAGAGGAGAAAAAGCAUGAAUGUACAGUGUGUGGAAAGAGAUUGGGUAGUUGCUCAGCUCUUAUUUUACAUCAAAGAAUACACACAGGAGAGAAACCGUAUAAAUGUUUGGAGUGUGGAAAGAGCUUCCGUGAUAGUGGUAACCUUACCUCGCAUCAAAGAACUCAUACAGGGGAGAAACCGUAUACAUGUUUAGAGUGUGGAAAGAACUUCACUCAAAGAGGUACCCUAACCUCGCAUCAAAUAACUCAUACAGGGGAGAAACCGUAUACAUGUUCAGAGUGUGGAAAGAACUUCAGUAGGAGUAGUCACCUUACCUCACAUCAAAGAUCUCAUACAGGGGAGAAACCGUAUACGUGUUCAGACUGUGGAAUGAGCUUCAAUCAGAGUAGCCACCUUAAGUCACAUCAACGAAUUCAUACAGGGGAGAAACCGCAUACGUGUUUGGAGUGUGGAAAGAGCUUCACUCGCAAAAAAGGGCUUACUAGACAUCAACAAACUCAUCAAGGGAGCAAAUCUUAUGAAUGCUGGGAAUGUGGCAAGAGCUUCAGUCGCAUCAACUCCCUUUUUCAGCAUCAAAGAAUUCAUAUAGGGGAGAAACAAUAUACAUGUUUGGAGUGUGGAAAAAGUUUCAGCCACAGUUGGAGCCUUGCCUUGCAUCAAAGAUUGCACACAGGAGAGAAACCUUAUAAAUGUUUGGAGUGUGGCAAGAGCUUCAGCCAGAGUGGUACCCUUACUAACCACCGAAUAACUCAUACAGGAGAGAAACCUUAUAAAUGUUUGGAGUGUGGCAAGAGCUUCUAUCGCAGUUACGAACUCACGUCGCAUCAAAGAACUCAUACAGGAGAGAAACCGUAUACGUGUUUGGAGUGUGGAAAGAGCUUUAGGUUCAGUAGUCACCUUACUAGACACCAAAGAACUCAUACAGGGAGGAAAUAUUAGAAAUGUUUGGUGUAUGGAAAGAACGUCAGUGACUGGGGCUCCCUUCCUAAACAGUAAAGAACUCAUACAAGGGAAACAUCUUAGUAAUGUUGGAGUGUGGGAAGACCUUGGGGGUUAUUUUGAAAUAAACCUCCAGGGCCAGGUUAAAAUACAAACGGUCUGGAUGAAAGUAAGGUGGUAAUGAGGGGAUUGUUUAUACAACAAAAUUCUAUUGAAAGGAAAAAGGAAAUUUUAGAUGAAAUUAUGAAAAAGGAGAAUAAAUUGCAAAAAAGCUAAUAAAGAGUCAGUAAAGCAGGCAAUCAGAAUAUUACGAACCCAAUAUUCUAUGAUAGACAAUGAAGAAAUAUUUUGAAUAUGCCAACAAAUCAGGAAAAUUGCUAGUGUGGCAAUUGAAACAAAGUGAACAAAUAAAUUUCAUAAAUAAAAUCAAUAUAAAUGGGAGAAUUACAGAUAAGAUGAAGGAAAUAAGAGAAGCAUUUGUGAAAUAUUUCUCAGAAUUGUAUAAGAAAGGAAAUGUAAUCUCCCAAAAUUAAAAGAGGAACAAUCAGUGAUUAUAAAUACCCAAAUAACAGCGCAAGAAGUAUUAGAGGCAAUAAAUUGGACAAAAAGUGGCAAGUCUCCGGGACCAGAUGGGCUAAUGGCAAAAUAUUAUAAAAAGCUAAGUGAGCAGUUAGUAAAUCCAUUGAAAGAUGUGAUGAAUGAGAUUCUAAAAGCAGGGGAAAUCCCAGGAGCAUGGAAGGAAGCUUAUAUAACAGUGAUCCCAAAACAAGAUUUGGAUUUAAUGCAAAUAAAAAAUUACAGGCCUAUUUCAUUAUUAAAUAAUGAUUACAAAUUUUAGCUAAUAGAAUGAAAAAAAUAUUAUGUGAAUAAAUACAUCAAUAUCGGGCAGGAUUUCUUCCAGGUAGACAAAUGAAAGAGAAUAUAAUAAAUAUUAUGAACAUGAUUGAAUACCUGGAGGUAAAAAAUGAAAAAAAAACAGCAAUGAUGUUUAUGUCACGGCUAAAAAUUGGCUGCUGUUUCUUUAAUGCUAAAAGAACUAAGUCAGCAGCCUACAAUGACUCAUGCAACCUCUCACCUAAUUGUACCUGUAUAUAUAGAAUGGUCAAUGUUAGUGCUGUGUUGUGGGUUGGUUGGUUGGUUGGUUGGUUAGAGAAAGAGAGUUGCGUUUGAUGUGUGUACAGUUGGUUGUUUUGCGGAUGAAGACUUUUAAGAAUAAAAGCAUAAAAUCGUCUUCAAGGACGUUCUUCUCGUGGAGUCUUUUAUGCCGACAAGGGUCCGAGGAACAGGCUGAGGAGACAAAGGAAGUCAGGACCUUUGCUAUUUUUUCAGAACACUGACAGGUUAUAUGCCCAGUGUUUCUGAGCGUGUGCAAAGUGCAAAACGACUAACUGCAUCUCAGUGGGGAGCUGGUGAGUCCUGGUGGUGCAUUGAGCCAGUGGCUGUGCGUUGGAGCAGUUGCUGACAAGCUGUAACUGUCUGCAGCAAGCCUGGAGGACAGGGAGACGCGCAGUCGGCUACUGGAACAGCUUGACUCGCUACAGGACCGCAGCAGGCAACUCAUAGAGCAGCUACAUUGGUUGCAGAGCCAGGUGCAACCUGAGGGUAAACAAAGGCAGCAGCUAGAAGCCGGUGAGUGCCACCCAGGACCAUCCAGUCGGACUCUAAAGAGAGUGGGGGAGAUCACGAGAGGGAGUUCACGGAAGGGUUAAAGGAGGCAAGAGAGG